UUAUGAUUAAAUGUUUAGUACCUAUCUAUAUCAUUGUAAUAUAUAAACCAAAUUAUAAAACAUAAAAAAUAGCUGAAGGAGAUGUGUGAUCUUAAUGAGCCUCUAGAGACCAAUGAUCCAGAAAUAUUUUCCAUCCUUAAAAAGGAAGAUCACAGACAAAGAUGUGGAUUAGAAAUGAUUGCAUCAGAAAAUUUUACUAGUCGUGCAGUUAUGGAAUGUCUUGGUUCCUGCUUUACUAACAAGUAUUCAGAAGGAAAAGUCCAUGCAAGAUAUUAUGGAGGAAAUGAAUAUAUUGAUGAAAUGGAAAUUCUUUGUCAAAAAAGGGCAUUGGAAGCUUUUAGGCUUGAUAAUACUAAAUGGGGUGUCAACGUGCAACCUUAUUCUGGUUCCCCAGCAAACUUUGCAGUAUACACUGGUUUAUUGCAACCCCAUGAUCGCAUUAUGGGUCUAGACCUUCCAGAUGGAGGUCACCUGACUCACGGAUACAUGACAGAAAAGAAACGAAUUUCAGCUUCUUCUAUUUUUUUUGAAUCAAUGCCUUAUAAGGUGAAUCCUGAAACUGGUUUGAUUGAUUAUGAUAAGUUACUUGAAAACGCAAAACUUUUCAAACCGAAGUUAAUCAUUGCUGGUGCAAGUGCUUAUUCAAGAAUUAUAGACUAUGAACGAUUUCGCAAAAUAUGUGAUGAAGUAGGAGCAAUACUCAUGAGUGACAUGGCACAUUAUAGUGGUCUUAUUGUUGCUAAUGCCAUACCUAGUCCAUUCCAACAUUGUGAUAUUGUCACAUCUACAACUCAUAAGAGCUUACGCGGUUCACGGUCUGGUUUAAUAUUUUACAGGAUUGGGGAGAAGUUUAAAGAUCAGCAUGGCAAAUCUGUAAUGUAUGAUUAUGCUACUCGAAUUGAUAAUGCAGUAUUUCCUACUCUUCAAGGUGGACCACACAACAAUAACAUUGCUGCUGUUGCAGUAACAUUAAAACAAGCUGCAACGCCACAAUUUGCUGAGUAUGCUAAACAAGUUAUUAAAAAUGCACAAGCUCUUGCAAAAGCUUUGCAAGAUAAAGGUUAUAAGAUUGUAACAGAUGGCACAGACACCCACAUGUUCCUAAUGGAUGUUCGAAGUUUGGGGAUUGAUGGUGCAAAAGUUGACACAAUUAUGGAAAUGGCGAGCAUAAGUGUUAACCGAAAUACUGUACCCGGAGACACAAGCGCUUUUAGACCAGGUGGUGUUCGCAUUGGUACGCCUGCACUCACAUCUCGUAGUUUUUUAGAAAAUGAUAUGUUGGUUGUGUCAGAUUUUAUACAUGAUUGUAUACAACUUACUCAAAAAAUAGAGUUGUCUCUUCAUCUUGGAAAACAAAGUUUGUUACGUGAGUUUCGAGCGGAGCUUGAAAAAGAAGAAUGGCGCCAAGAAAUAAAUUCUAUUCGUCUUCGAGUUCAAACCUUUGCAUCAAAAUUUCCCAUGCCAGGGUUUCCUGCGUUUUAGUAUAUAAAUUGAUAGAAUAUUUAAUAGACUUUUGUAGCAGUUUUUAUAAAAUUAUUUCGAGAUUUAACUUAAAUAUUUUGAAAGAAUUAUAUAAUUUAAAUACUGUUAA